AUGCAUCUAUCUGACCAUGUGCCGAUCCCCAGACGAGCCAUAGGCAAAGUCGUCAUUAUCACCGGAUGCAAUUCGCCACUAGGUAUGGGCCGAGCAACAGCGCACCAGUUCGCAAGGAACGGAGCCCGCGCGGUAUACAUCUGCGACUACGUGGACGAUCACCUGCAUCUCCACGUCGACGAGCUGAACGAACUGUACCCCAACGUGGAUGUGCAUGCGCGGACGUUCGACGCCGGAGACGAAGCUGGGGUCAAGGCCGUCGUGGCCCACGCCAUGCAAACCUAUGGUCGGCUGGACGUGUUCUUUGCCAACGCCGCCAACUCGGGCACGUGGAAGGAAGUGUGGGAAAUGGAGGUCGACGAGUUUGAGCGAACCAUCAGGACGAACUUGACCAGCGUCUUCUUGGCCAUCAAACACGCCGGCCCGGCCAUGCAGGUCACGAGCAGAGACAAACCCUACUCCAGCGGAUCGAUCAUCGCGACGUCGUCGACGGCCGGUCUGCGCUCCAACGGAGGCAGCACCGACUACAGCGCCGCCAAGGCUGGGGUGGUCAGCCUCGUCCAGACGGCAUGCUACCAGUACGCCGGUCGCAAUAUUAGAUGCAAUGCCAUUGCGCCGGGGAUGACGCAUUCGGGCAUGACGGAGCCUGUGUUUUACGGUCCCGCACGCGAAAGGGGCACCCUGCAUAAAGUCGGACAAUUGUGUCCGCUCCGUCGCGGGGCAGUAGCGGACGAGAUUGCGAGAGUCGCCUUGUUCUUGGGCAGUGACGAGGCCAGCUAUGUGAAUGGUCAGGUAUGGGCCGUGGACGGUGGUUUGAGCUCGGGCUUGCCUUAUAAGCUGGGCAGUAUGGCAUAA